AGACAAACUUCAGUCACAGUUUGUUGCUGCAAUCGCAGACUUCCACGUCAAUCGAUCGUUCUAGUCCACGUACAUAGUUGAGGUUGCCGGCCAGCUGUCUAAAAAAAAAGUUGCGGUCGUUUUUGUUCCACACAAACACACACAUGGCGAAGCUCGGAGUUGAACUAGUGGUCGUGGUUGCGGUUUUAUUACUCGGCUCGUCGCAGGCUCUACAGACGGAGAAAUGUCCACGUGCGUCACCGGAAGAGCUCUGGUACUCGGAUUAUUCACCGAUGCUCCAAAACACUUGUUUGGAAGAAAUGUCGUACUACUUUCGUUUAAUCUACGGCCGACUGGAGGACGGUCAUCUCUUCACUUUCGUUCCGCACAUCAAAGAGGAUCCGGAAAAAGCGAGUAACUUGACACAACGGCUAACCUUGUCGGAGAAAACAGCUCUGGCUCAAAUGGGACGUGCUUAUGACGUCAUGGAAAACUCCUGGCUGGACCUCGGAGAAACUAGUCGCCAGUUUCUGGGCGGCGAUAAGCCGGCCAGCGAGGUGGUCCGCUCGAUGGAAAACCUACAAAAGGCCCAUAUCCAGGCGAACGAACUGCUAGUCGAUGCCGGCCGAGAAGUUGCAUUCUUUUUCAGAGAUAUGCUCGAACUGGCGAUCGAAGGAGUAACCCAAAUUCUAGAAACGGAAGUGCAAGAAGCACCAGACGAUGAGUACGGAGUAGCUAAACUUAUUCAAGAGAAAAUUGUGAAGAUUUCACCGUUGGAUCUGGUCGGCGUCAUUGUUCGACGGUUCAUAGGCCGAAGCAUGGGCACCGUGCACACGUCGGCUAACAAAGACCCUCCAAACGUCCUGUUUUCCGUCAUGCCGAGGAUCGAUCAGAUGCUCGACGACUUCAUGGCGAUCCGCACCUACCAAGUAGCGCUGACUCCCGAAAAUUGGACAAGUUUCCUGGAAAAGCAGCUGGAAAAAUCGUUGGAGGCGACCAAGAAACGCGAACGGGAGAAUUUCGUCCUAAUUUACCGUAAUGAAGUCUACGUCGCCGAGGUGCUCAUGAAUAUGAUUACCUCCUACACCGAGUAAAAUUUAUUAAAAACCCCCUCACAUGUGUGUGUCGAGUGCCAAUAAUACAACUGCGAUGAUUAUCGCACGGAUAUUCGCGGA